CUGUGCGAGCUGACCGAAUGCGUGGUGGCCGAAACAAAUUUGGACCAAUGUACAAGAGAGACAGGGCAUUGAAGCAGCAGAAGAAAGCUCUUAUCCGAGCAAACGGACUUAAACUGGAAGCCAUGACUCAGGUGAUCCAAGCAAUGCCAACUGACCUGACAAUAUCCUCUGCAAUCCAGAAUAUCCACUCUGCCUCCAAAGGCCUACCUCUGAACCACACUGCCUUGCCUCCUACAGACUAUGACAGAAGUCCCUUUGUAACUUCUCCAAUUAGCAUGACAAUGCCACCCCAUGGCAGUUUGCAAGGUUACCAAACCUAUGGCCACUUUCCAAGCCGUGCUAUCAAGUCUGAGUACCCUGACCCGUACACCAGUUCACCAGAGUCAAUAAUGGGCUACUCAUACAUGGAUAGUUAUCAAACAAGUUCACCAGCAAGUAUUCCACAUCUGAUAUUGGAACUCCUGAAAUGUGAGCCAGAUGAGCCGCAAGUCCAAGCUAAGAUCAUGGCGUAUUUGCAGCAAGAGCAAGCCAACAGAAGCAAACACGAGAAGCUCAACACAUUUGGGCUUAUGUGUAAAAUGGCUGACCAAACCCUCUUCUCCAUUGUUGAGUGGGCUAGGAGUAGCAUCUUUUUUAGAGAACUUAAGGUUGAUGACCAAAUGAAGUUGCUUCAGAACUGCUGGAGUGAACUCUUAAUUCUAGAUCACAUUUAUCGGCAAGUGGUACACGGGAAAGAAGGCUCCAUCCUUCUGGUUACUGGGCAACAAGUGGAUUAUUCUGUAAUAGCAUCUCAAGCUGGAGCCACCCUCAACAAUCUUAUGUGCCAUGCACAAGAACUAGUAGCAAAGCUUCGUUCCCUGCAGUUUGAUCUACGAGAAUUUGUAUGUCUCAAAUUCCUGGUGCUGUUUAGUUUAG